GCGCGACAGCGCUCCGCGUCCCACGGCCACCUGCGCAGGAACAUGACGGACCCCCGGGCGUGUGCCGCACAGAGGAAGCCCAGCCUGUCCUUUUCCAUUGAGGAAAUCUUAAAGAAACCUUCUGCCAGCACUGUCCCGAGCAGCCAAAGCAGGAACAGAGGAAGCUACGCUGAGAGACCUCCGUCCCUAAAAGCAGGGUCACCGGUGGCCUUUGAUUCCAGCAGCCAGAGUCAGUCUGACUGUGACUUGCCUUCAGCCAAAAUGCUUCUUCCCACCACGUGUGCUGCACCCAUGGCCAAAGCAAGGAGAGUGCAGGCAACUCCCUGCAGAAGACCUACUGCCAGCCCAGUGUCCUUACUGAGUGAGGACACGGGACGUGAACGUCUGGAAGGCAAAAGAAAACACGAGGAAGAUCAGCUAUGUGGUUUCCCAGUGGACCAUCCACUUCAUGCUGAGAGGAAAGGGAAACGAAGAAUCCGGACAACGUUCACAGCUGAGCAGCUCCAGGAACUGGAGAAAAUUUUCCAAGUGACUCACUACCCGGAUGUCCAUAUUCGCAAUCAACUGGCAGCAAAGAUAAACCUCCCAGAAGCCAGAGUUCAGAUCUGGUUCCAGAAUCAGCGAGCAAAGUGGAGGAAACAUGAAAAGUUCAGCAAUUUUGGUGGCCUUCAGUAUCUGACAGAAGUUGAUUUUGUUCCUGCUCCCAAGUCAGAUAUCACAGCUCCUAGCUUGAUGCCAAGAAAGCUCUCUGUGUCCUACCCUGCCGUGGGAUACUACUCACCACUGCAAGGACAGCUGACAACUGCCUGGCUGCCCAGCACGCUCUCCUUCACUCCCCACCACGUGGAGCUGCUGCCCUUCCCAAAACCAUACUUGCUCUUCAAUGUCCUGCCCCCUUACGGCGCGCUGCUACCCCACAAGCUGGAAAGGAGCAGUAUCUGUGCCAGCUCCUCAUAGAGGAGGACACGGGGCAGUGGGGGCUUUGGGGAUGCCCUUCUCCUCAUGUUCUCCCUGGAGGUGUGCGGCUCCUCUCCUCGAACAAACCUGCUGGGAUGAUGGGUGGUCCUGGUGCCAGGUCACCAUCCUGGAGGAUGCUGCCAGGAGUUUCCACAGCCCAAUGGAUGUGUGCAAGAGGCACCGAGGACCAGAAUGGAGCUCCUCAUCUCCCUGAGGAGCAGCAUGCUCUGUGGAAACCCAACCCUUCAACCAAGAGCCUCUCCCUAGAGGGACAGUGCACCAAGCAGCCCUGUGAAAGGACUGGGAUUUUACUCAGCCAUGAGACACUGGAUGACCCCAAGCACCGAUAGCUUGGGGCAGAAAGAUGACUGGGAUAAAGUGUACAUAGGCCUAAGGUCCAGCCAAAACUGCUUUUCUCUGCAGGUUUUGGUCACUUUUGUCAUACAUUCUGGUCUUCAUGUACUGGGCUGCUGCAAAGAACAUGUUUAGGUCAAAAAUCAAACUUUCAAGAUACUUUUUUUUUCCAAGUAGUUCAAUGCGGGGGAGGGGGGUUGAUUUGCUGUCUGAGUUUUUGACUUGAAUAAAGGGGAACAAACAAUCUGACUGAAAUAUUAUAGUCUGAGGUCUGGAUUUGGUACUGCAAGUCUCUGGGGGCACGAGAAUUCUUGAGCUGGUUAAUUAAAAUGCUUAUGAGGAAG